AUGGGGGGACUUUGUGGUAAAAACGUGUUUGGGGAUAUGUGGAUUGUGGAGCCUGUGAAGAAUAGCUCUGAUAAACUGGACGAUUAUCCAUAUAUUGCAUCUCCAAUAGAGAAUUUUGAGAAAAUUCCAUCUCCAAGAAUUGGGCAUUCUUCAAUUUUGAUAGGAAAUGCAUUUAUUGUAUUUGCGGGAGAUACGGUUACAAAUACGACUCAAGAGCUUGACAACAAACUUUAUUUUUUCAAUAUUACGUCGCUCAAAUGGACUAUUACUUCUCCUGACGGCUCAAAACCGUGUGGAAGAUAUGGGCAUCAAAUUGGUGUUCUCAAUUUUGAAAACGAUGCCAGUCCAUCAAAAUGGUCGAGCUACCUUUAUGUUUUUGGAGGGCAAGUAGAGAACGAUUAUUUCAAUGAUAUGUGGAGAUUUGAUCUUUCGAACUUUAGGGACCCUAAGACCCAAUGGGAGAAAAUCACUAUUAAAGACGGGGAUGUCGUCCCUCCAAUGAUCUCCAACCACACUAUGACCGCAUAUAACAACAAGUUAUAUGUGUAUGGUGGAACAGAUGGGAUCAGCAUUUACAAUCAUCUUUUGGUUUUCGACUCUCUUACAAACAAAUGGGAGCUUUGCAAGUUAAAAGGCUCCGUUAUACCACCUCCACUGCAGGGACACGCGGCAGCAAUAUACCAGAAUUUGCUAUUCAUUUUUGGAGGUAAGACAGUUGGCGGUGAAACCUGUGAUGGGCUCUAUAUUAUCGACCUGAAUACCUUAACUUGCUUUCAGUUGGAAUCUGAUCUCUUUUGUUCGCCCACUCAAAGGUGUGGUCAUACGAUCACCGUCGAUCCGGUUCAUGAAAAGUUGCUGGUAAUGGGCGGUGAUCAAUUGGACAACGAUUUCACUCAUGUAUCUGAGACUACAAACAAACUCAUUCAAGAUUCCCAGUUUGAAUACCCAAACUCAAUCAUAUACGAAUUGGACCUUCAGCUUCUUCCACACUUUUUGAAGUUUACAUCUAGUCUGAACAAGCAGCUUACAGUUAAAUCAUCGCAUGGGCUUAGGACACCAUCUGGAAUAUCUAUUGACAAUAUCAAUGAACCUGUUGGUAUCACGAGAGGGUCUAGUAGGAUAAGUCAAUAUGCUGUUUAUGAAAAAGUGAGUGACGAUGAUGACAUCAAGGAAGUAUCCGAUGACCCGGUUGAUGAAUAUACGGUAUCUAAUCCUACCCUCCCCCAAGGUGAAAAUAUGAGUUUAUCGAAACUCAAAUCAGAUUGUGACAACAAGAAUCUAGCUCUCACACUUCUCGAUUCUGGAUCGGAAUCAAAUAAAUCAGAAAAAACUUACACUCCACACGAUUAUGUGAGAGCCUAUGGAAAGGAGUUCAAUGCGCCAGAAAAGAACGAGCCAGAUCUUGAUGCCACUCACGAUGUGCAAGGGCAAAUCCUAAGUACUGCAGAGGGGUUUGUAGCAAAGCCUGCUACAGACGCUCAUCAGAGCGUUGAGAAAACUCAUAGAGCCAAAGUUUCAUCUGAGUUGAGUAAGCAAGAAUAUGUGGGACAAGAUUCUCUUGAACCAUCCAUUAGGAACGGCUUGUGUUUGGAUUCAACAACUGUGGAAGACUUCACCAACAUGCUACAUUCACUUAAAAGGGAAAUGGCUGAGAAGGUUGAAAAGGCAAAUCUUCAGCUCAACAGUCUAGAAUCCCAACGUCAGGAACUUAUCAAAGAGAAUGAAGCACUUAGGUCACAGAUCGCUGGUGCAGCAGCUGGGCGAACAGAACCAGUACAAGAUACAUUCAAUGAAAAAGAGCUUUCUCAUGCGGUCCCAGCGAGAAACUUUAGUGAUAGUCAGCGUAUUGAGUUGCAAAAUCAAGUUAUACAGCUGACAGCGAAGAACACGGCACUGCUUUCCAAGGUGAAAAAUUAUGACUGUCUAUUUGAGGAACGUUUGCAAAAUUUGGACAGACUCAAUCUUUUGGUUCAAGAACAGGAGAGGAGUAUUAGGGUGCUGAAAUCACAUUUGAAAGGUGAGACAGCUAUAUCAAAUAAAAUAACAAAACUGGAAACUCGGAUCAAGUGCGCUGAGCAAAAGUCAAGGUACUUGUGUGACAUCGUUGGAAUCAGAGAUGAUAUAACUUCCGAUGCCUUGGAAUCAUUUGCUGAUGAAAGGAAAAGUUAUUAUAAACAAGCCAGUCAACUUUCAGAAAAUAUUGACAAACUUCUCAAAUCAUGGAAAGAUGCUUCAAGAGAACAUAUUCUUGGUCACCUAGUCUAUGACUCGGGUUUACCUCAUCAGUUGCCAGGUGCAAAUGAUGGUAAUCUAACAGAAGAUCUUCAGAAGCAAGUCAAGGAACUAAUAGCAAGCAAGAAAAAUGACGAGGAAAAGAUUAGCAAACUCUCCGAAGAAUUGAGAUUGUAUACUGUCAAAACCAAGGAGCUCGAAGAUUCUUACAAAAAAUCUUACGCCUCACUUAGAAACUCGCAUAAGGCGCUUACAGUAUCUCAGAGCGAAAUUGAAAAACAGAAAGAACUAAACAAGCAUUUGAUGACUGAACUGAAAGAACUGCAAAUGAAAAGCAUAAACACUAGCGACAGAGAAAUGAAUGCCAGUUCAUCUGUCAAAAAUGGCACCUCAGGAAUUGAUACUUCCUUUGAAGCCCGGUACGAUUUCAAAAUUAAAGAUUUGGAAGCAGACUUAUUUAUUGUGAGUCAAGAAAGAGAUCAGUUGAAGGAAGAAAUAAUACUGUUGAAAAAAAAAGCUCUACGCUGUUUCAUCUUGAAAGAAUUCGAGCUUGCAGUUGCGCUGGUAUGUAAGAUAUAA